CUUAUAUCUUGGCAAUUAUAUUUAUCCUAUAUUUUGAAUUAAACUUGUAAAGAAAAUGUAUAAAAUUCGAACAAAGUUGGCAGCAGCCAUACAACCUUUACGCAAACAGUACAAGUUUCAAAUAUUUAAUGUUUUGACUAUACGAAAUGUAUCCGCCCUACACAUCACAGGAGAUAAGGCGAGUGAAAACUAUGUAACCAUACAACCUUUUUUAGAUUUCAAAGGGACUUUUGACCAUGCAGAAUCGGUGGAAAGUUCUAUAAUGAAAAGAAGAAUGCAAAUGGAUAUGGGACAAGUCAGGGCCAUGUAUGACAACUACAAAAAGGCUAUUUUGCAAAUAGAGAAAGUGGACAAGGAACGUGAUGACAUAGCCAAGCAAUUAAAGGAAAUGUCAAAGGUGAAGAGUGUAAACGACAGUGCAAUUAACCAACUGAAGGAGCAAGGCAAGACACUGAGAAACAACAUGAAAGCUAUGAAAACUGAACUAUAUCCCAUAGAGGAUGAAUUCAUACAAGCUUUUUUGAAUUUACCCAAUAUGCUACAUCCCCAGUGUCCCGAUGGGGAUUACGAAAGGCUGUUGUAUCGCAGUAAGCAGCAGGUAAUGCAAAGGCCUACCAAAUCUCAUCUUGACUUUGAGAAUCUUAUACGUUUCCUAGAUAACUCCCGCUAUUACCUUAUGAAUGAAGCAGCAGAAUUUGAUUUGCAUUGCACAGAUGCUCUGACGAAAUAUUUUCUAGAGCAGGGUAAAUUUAUGCAAACUUGUAAUCCGGAUUUUGUGCGGUGUGUGCUUUUAGAAGCAAAUGCCACCCCAUUGACCUGCUAUCACAAAGUAAUGGAGCAGCAGUUGCAAAAUCAAUUGAAUUGUGCCUAUUUGACGGGUGGUGGGGCAUUUGAAAGUUUUCUGGGAGCAGUGACCAAGUUAGUUGUCUAUCCAUCUGUAGUACCACUGAAAUAUAUCUGUUCCGGUCGAUUGUAUGAAAAAAGCAAUGAAGAAGUAAAGCCUUCACUUUAUACAGCCACCCAGACCAAUGCAGUGCAAACAUUUGUGGCCACCCUUAAUGCUCAGCAAAGCGAGGAGCAAAUGGAUGCCAUUCUAAAUAUGUGUCUUGAUUUUUAUAAAUCUUUUGAAAACUUAAAUUUCCGCAUAGUUUAUGUAAAGGCAUCGGACUUGACGGCCGCUGAGAGUCUAAGAGCUCAAAUAGAAGUAUAUUCACAAUCUGAACGACGUUAUGUAUGUGUGGGACGUGUUAGCAACUACACAGAUUAUGUAUCCAAACGCAUUCUCUUCACUAUGCGAGAACAAAAGGAGUACAAAUUUUUGCAUUUAGUUGGUGGCCCCAUACUCUAUACAUCGCGUCUAAUUGCAGCCCUAAUCGAAAGUGGAGAGGCGUUGGACUGUAGAAAAGUGCAAAAAACCUUACAAUUGAAUGAGACAUCUUGUAAAGAUUCUAGCAAUAAGCCUAUAGAUGAUUUUAAAUCACUUUUUAAAUAAAUUAAACUAUGUAUUUUAAAUACUUA